UUUCUCAUAGAUUCGGAGCUUUUCCAAGUUCCUGUGCGUUAAAGUUUUCAACUUUAGACCUUCUUCUCAGGGAAAAACCAAACAAAGGCAUUGUCUUUAUGGGAAUUAAUUCGAAGGGCACUCUACCUUUUUUCUUUGUAUUUAGCUGUGAUCAGCAACAGCUUAACCUGUCUUUUGUAAGAGACGAACCAAAGCUGCGACGCAAUUCAGCCUCUUGGUUACUUUUGCUCCUUGCGGUCCUGAGACUAUUAUUAACUGAUUGUUAACUUCUAUAUGUGCAUUGAUGGAACACAACAAAAGCAGGGCUGGUGAGAACAGUUCUUCCAAUGGUUAUAAGAUGAAGAAACUAGAUAGCCAUAAAAACUGUCCUAGUAGAGAUGCCAUUGCUGGAAGUGAUCUUUGGACAGAUGGACUUAUUUGCGCUUUCGAAUUUAUUCGAGGCCGGAAGAAAUCAAUUAGUUCGAAACCUGGCUCAAGAAUCCUAACCAAACAACAAACAGAUGGUGAGCAUGAGAGGCUGCGUGUUCCUUCUGUUGGAUUUUCUGAGUCUUCUUCUCCAGUGGAAGAUAGGAGCAAGUCCCCAAGUGAUGACUACAGAGGUAGCCAGAUUCAACAUGAUAUUGAAAGAUUUGAGGGUGGUCAUUGGGUACCAAUUGGGUGGUCUAGACUUUCAGAAAUUGUCCAAACUGUGCAAGCUGAUUCUGGUUGGGCGUGUCAGGAGUUUGGGGUGGAUGAUGAAGAUGACUUCACUGUUGCAGAUUUAGCAGCUCCCUAUUGGGAGCGUCCAGCAGGGCCCAUUUGGUGGUGCCAUGUCUCUGCAGGUCACCCAUCAGUUGAUUCAUGGCUCAGAAAUGCCCAGUGGCUGCACCCUGCCGUUAGUUUAGCCUUGAGAGAUGAAAGUCGACUGAUUAGUGACAGGAUGAAGCACCUGCUAUAUGAGGUCCCAGUUAGGGUUGCUGGGGGAUUGUUGUUUGAGCUCUUGGGACAGUCAGCUGGUAAUCCAUUUGUUGACGAGGAUGAUAUUCCCAUCGUACUUCGCUCCUGGCAAGCACAAAAGUUCCUUGUAACUGUUUUGCAUAUAAAGGGGCCGGUAUCAAGCGUUAAUGUGUUGGGUAUCACAGAAGUUCAGGAACUUCUUUCCACUGGCGGCUAUAACAUACCUAGAACAGUGCAUGAAGUCAUAGCACAUCUAACUUGCCGCCUUUCUCGAUGGGAUGAUAGGUUAUUCCGUAAGUCCAUAUUUGGGGUGGCAGAUGAGGUUGAAUUAAAAUUUAUGAACAGGAGAAACCAUGAGGAUAUGAAUCUAUUAUUUAUAAUCCUCAACCAAGAAAUCAGAAAGUUAUCAAGACAGGUUAUCAGAGUGAAGUGGUCACUUCAUGCAAGGGAGGAGAUUGUAUUCGAGCUUUUCCUACAUUUGAGAGGAAAUGUAGCAAGAAACUUAUUAGAGCAAAUAAGAAAGAGCACAAGAGAAAUGAUUGAGGAGCAGGAAGCUGUUCGGGGCCGCUUAUUUACCAUUCAGGAUGUGAUGCAGGGCACUGUUCGUGCAUGGCUGCAGGAUAGAAGCCUUCGAGUGACGCAUAACUUGGCUGUUUUUGGUGGCGGUGGCCUCGUCCUUUCCAUCGUCACCGGACUAUUUGGAAUCAAUGUCGAUGGAAUGCCCGGAGCACAGAACGCACCGUAUGCCUUCGGUGUUUUUGCAGCCAUUCUCGUCUUUCUUGGAGUGGUGCUAAUUGCAGUUGGGUUGCUCUACCUUGGGUUGAAACAACCAAUCACGGAAGAGCAAGUAAAAGUUAGAAAGUUGGAGCUUCAAGAGUUAGUUCAGAUGUUUCAGCAUGAGGCAGAGACUCAUGCCCAGGUUAGUAAAAAAGUGUCCCGGAAUAAUUUAACCCCAACCGCUGGCGAUGCAUUCCCACAUGAUGCAGAUUAUAUUGUCCUUCAAUGAACAUGUUACAACUGUUGAAGUACAUUUUGUAUAAUGGAAAUUUUGUAUUCGUGAAUAGUGGUGAAUAUCAUCCAGAGCUGGCAAACAAAUUCUCUCUUAGUUUU